AUGUCGCAACCCACGGGCUUGUUCAGCGUACGUCGCCCGAGGGAGACCUUGGGCAAUAUCACAAACUUCUCAGGCAUUCCUCAACCAGCGUCUGCAAUCAAGCGCACCUCGACGAACACCGAACUGCGAAAUGCGCCGUACACCGCGUCUCAUGUGCGAUCGACGUCGAUAAACCAGAGCAUCCAGCGCCCUGCGCAACCCAUAUUCCAUCGCUCCUCGUCUGGCGGCAAUUUGGCAGAUAUGGGCAUGUCGACGGCUCGGCGGUCGGUCUCAAACAAUAUCUUUGGAAGCACACAGACUGGGCGACAGAGUCUGGCGCCGAACCAGCUGUUCGGCUCCCAAACACCGGCGUCGCAGGGUUUGCAGAGGAGAAGCAGCAUCUUUUCUCGCCCCUCUGGUCAUGGCCCCAGUGCGCACCAGUCGUUCUUCUCACAAACGCCUGCACCAGCAGGCGCACCCAAAGACCCGAGGCCGUUGAGAGAUUCGUCGUAUAGGGCACGACUAAGCCAGGAGUUGCUCGACUAUCUGACGCAGAACAACUUUGAAUUGGAGAUGAAACAUUCGUUGACCCAGAAUUCUGUCAAGUCGCCAACCCAGAAGGACUUUACAUUCAUGUUUCAAUGGCUGUACCGUCGCAUUGACCCCGGCUACAAAUUCCAGAAGAGCAUCGACACCGAAGUCCCUCCAAUCAUGAAACAGUUGAGGUAUCCUUACGAAAGGGACAUCACAAAGUCACACCUGGUCGCGGUCGGUGGCCAGAAUUGGCCUCGGUUUUUGGGUCUGCUGCACUGGAUGAUGCAGCUUGCUCAGAUGCUGGACAAUUUUACCCGCGGCGCGUACGACGAUGCGUGUACCGAAGCCGGUGUCGAUGUCGCCAGCGAUCGCAUCGUCUUCCGAUUCUUGUUUGGGGCCUACCAAGACUGGUUGCAGAUGGGCCCUGAAGACGAUGAAGAGAGUGAAGAAGCCGCCCUACAACCACAUAUCCAGGCAAUGACGGACGAGUUUGAGCGAAUCAAUGCCAAACAUGCCGAAGAGCUUCAACUCUACGAGGCGGAACACGAAGCGCUCCAAGCGCAAAUCGAUGAGUUCGAGCGUAAUGCGCCCGACAUCGCCAAAUUGGACAAGCACUUUAAGAUCCUGGAAGACGACAAGAAAAAGUUCGAGGAAUACAACGCCAAUGUCCAAGCAAAGAUUGAAAAGUACGAUUCGAGGAUAAAAAUCCUCGACGCCGAAAUCCAGAAGGUCGAGGCGGACCUGGAAGUCGUGGAGCAAGAACGACAGAAUCUACAACACUCGGUCGAUCGACAGGGUUUGAAUAUCCAAGACAUUGAUCGAAUGAACACCGAGCGCGAGAGACUGGCAAAGAGCCACGAAGACGCCCUGGCUGCGUUGGAUGAGAUCAACAAAAGGGUUCUCGAGAAGGAAGUUGAGACAGCCCGUAAACUGGAAGAUCUCGAGGCAAUCGUCAAACGAUACAAUUCUUUGGGUUACCAGAUGUCCCUCAUCCCCUCGUCCGCGGUCAACGCGAAAGGCGUAGAUUACGAGCUCUCUCUCAACUUGUCAGAGCCGAAUUUCUCCUCUUCGACAUCCCAAUCACGCCGAAGUCGUGCCUCGCCCAUCGAAUCUGAUCGCCUUCUCGCCGACCAAAAUGUCGGGUAUUCGCCCGUGCAUCUUCUCAACCUGGACCUUCGCGGCAUAGUUCGCAACGCAUUCAUCUCGCUCCGGAAAGAGAUCAACGAGCGCCGAAAAGCUGCAGCGGAAUCGGACCUCAACGCCCGCGACUUCCUCGACAACAUCUCAGAGGCGCUGCAUGAGAAGAACACUGAGAUCGACAAUCUCAAUUAUCGCGUGCAGGAAGCUUCCCGGCAAUACUCGACCUUGAAGGAGAAUGGCCAAACGGCGCAUACACAGCAGACUUCGGCAAUCGAAAAACUGGAGAAGGAACUCAGCCGGAUGCGAGAAGGGCUGGAAAAGGGGGUGUUGGAGCUAGAGCAGCGUGAGCUGGAGGUGCAAUUGGCGUACGAGGGGAUGCGCGAGGAAAGCUCCAGAGUCCGCGAGGAACUGCACGGUGGCAUCGAGAAGCUCCUGGAAGAUGUCAUCCGGUUCAAGGUCCACGUCCAGAAGGGCCUGGAGGAAUUCGAAGGCUGGGUGGGCGAGGAGGUCGAGCUGGAGUUGCUGGGUGACGAGAUGGGCGAGCUUGGACUAGAGGACCACCACGGCGAGGACGACGAGCACAUGGGCAACAAGGCGGACGAGGACAUCUUUUGA